AUGAUAGCAGGUGCUGUUCGAGCGUUGUUGAAGGGUGUGCGCAUAUCAUUUCAUGUCGUAGCAUGUUAUACCCAUUAUGCUCGAAGUUUCGACAUCCUGACUCGCAGUGAAAAUGCCGGCAUUGCGCCUAACAAAUUCCUUCGGAGAGCAUUCCAUUCGACUGCCAUUGUUGGUCGCUACUUAUAUGUUGAAGGUGGACAGACUUCAUACUUAGACGAUGACGAUAAACCACAGUACGCGCCUGAAAGUCAAACUUUGUCUCUUGAUUUGUCAAAGGAUUGGGACAACUCCACCGCAAUCUGGGCUUCAUCAACCAAGCCGUCCGACGCCCCGUUUUUGAAUAAAGGCCUUCUCUGGUACCACAAGGCUGACGAGAAGCUGUAUACUGGUUUCGUCGGCGCUUCGUCGACGUACGAUCGGGACAACGUGCCCAAAACCCCACUCACCCUUUGGUCUUUUGCCCUGGAUCAGAAAGGGACCGGGUCCUGGAGCGAGAUUUUGAAGCCUGGGGCAAACAACUGGUACGACAUACUGCGAUUAACUCAUGCUUCCACCGCCCAAACCCCUGAAAUUGGAUUUGUCCUCCAAGGCCACGACGAAGACCUCAACUCCAACCUUGGCAUGCUACAAAUGAAUUUCGCAGCUUUAUCCUUUACAAAUGUAACAUCGACGACGCCUUUCCCCAGUCCCAUCAUGGGAGGUAAUAUGCAAUAUGUCCCAACUUGGGGCUCAAAAGGCCUCCUACUGGCGAUUGGAGGGGGCGGCAUACGGACGGGUAAUUGGCCCGACUACGACACAGUCCCAGUGUUCGACGUCGCAGCACAGAAGUGGUACAAUCAAAACGUUAGCGGUAAGAUACCCGAAGGACGAUACGACGCCUGCGUCUCUGGCAUCACUUCAAGCAGCCAGACGUUCGAAAUAUUCUUUUACGGGGGAGAUGCCUUGGUAAACGCGAGCGCCAUCAAUUACGACCAAAUCUACAUCCUAACCCUGCCCGCCUUCCAUUGGAUCCAAGUACCCUACACAGCUCAGCAUCCCCGAUUUUGCCACAGUUGCGAUGCCGUUGGUGGAAGCCAGAUUCUUGUUCUAGGCGGCGCAGAUCCCGCAAUUCCAAGAUCUCCGGAUAAUUCUCAUAAGCAAAUGACGAGCCCGGAUCCGUUCAAACAAGGACUCGGAGUCUUCAACAUGACGAGCCUGCAGUGGCAAGAUCAUUAUUCUGCUUCACCAUCACCGUAUGAACAAUCUAGUCCCAUCAAGCAGCACUACCUCGAAGUGGGCCAAUCCUACAUACAAUCACUCCAUCCCAACCUCGUGGAUCUUUUCAAAGGCAGCGACCCCAUCUCCUCCAUCCAAGCUGCAGACUCGACUGCAAACUCGAACGCAAGCUCGAACGCAAGCUCGAACGCAAGCUCGACCGCAAACUCGACCACUAAUUCAACAAAUCAAAGUCACAGCUCAUCCACCACCUCGUCAGACCCAGCUCCCCCUAAUAACCCCACCAACACAGGCGUGAUAGCAGGCGGCACCGUCGGCGGCGUCGUAGCACUCGCGAUAAUUGUCACCCUCGUGAUCUUCUUCCUUCGCAAGCGUCGAUCACCCAAAGCGACACCAUCCUCCAACAUCGACGAAAUGGGCGACCGAUCAAAAAGUCAACUAGCGAAGAUGCACGAAGAUGCUCGCCCUCUGGAGUUGAAUGAAGUUGGUGUUCAGGAACUGAGUGUUUCCAACUCCGCAUUCCAACGCUGGGAGAGAGUAGAGAUGGGUUGA